UAAAUGUAUAUAUUUUACAAAAAAUGUUCGUUCAUUUCCUAAUCAAUAUUACCAAUAUUUAUAUUUCAGACCAGCYACUUUUAAUAUGACAGGGACACCUCAGGAACCUAAGUGGAGUUUGGAGCGACGUGAGUCGUCGGGUCACUUGGUUUGGCGGAAGGAAUCUCCCAGUUCUAAAGUACGUUUUCGGUUUGAUGUUGAAGUAUUGGAAUUUGAGAAACAUCCCCAUGAAGAUAUCGAAUACAAAAAAGGCGGAUAUUCUGCUAGUAAUAUUACGUCAACUAUAGCACUCUGUGCUACAUGUGUUGCGGCGGUGGCUAUUAGCGUUUUUUUACCAUGGUAUCUUAUGGAUAAGGCGCUAUCAAGGGGUUCAUAGUUUCAUUCUUUUAUGGUGCAUUUGAAUUUAUACACAUAUCUAAUCCUAUAUUUACACAUCAAUAUUGUUCUAGACCGAGGGAACGAAAAUGUAUACACGUUGAACAUAUUAAGCGAAGUUAUACUUAUCGAAUCUAUUUAUGUUAAGAGAAACCCGCUCUGUCACUAUCGUGCGAUAGAAAAUUCGUAGAUAUACAUCAUCGGAACAGUAUAAAUAACAACUUCAAUUAAAAAUUUCGAACAUAUAAUAAAACUUACCGGAUAGCAUAAA